UACUUUCCCACACAUAAUUCCUAAUCAACUUUCAAAUAAUCAAACACUUUUUCUAAACAAACCUUUGGUUCCAAAGACCAAACCACUUGUUGUAAGUGUCAAUUUUUUUUCACUUGUAGCGCACAAGCUCAAACAAUGGGUUCGUGUGGAACAACUUUCUCAGUUAGUGUAAAGAAGCGAGACAUCAUCGCCGCCGCGUUGCCCGUCCAGGACCACUGGCUACCAAUGUCUAACCUAGACCUACUCCUUCCACCACUCGAUGUCGGGGUUUUCUUUUGCUACAAGAACUCUCUUCCACUUGAUGAGAGCGUGGCGGUAGUGAAGAAAUCACUGGCACAAGCGCUAGCGCAGUUUUACCCGCUGGCGGGUGAAGUUGUCCAAAACAACCUCGGUGAACCCGAGCUGCUUUGUAACAACCGUGGUGUGGAUUUUAUUCAUGCACAUGCUGAUAUGGAGCUUAAGAACAUUGAUCUCCACCACCCUGAUGAAUCUGUAGAGAGAAAGCUUGUUCCACUUAAAAAACAAGGUGUUCUUGUUGUUCAGGUCACCGAGCUAAGGUGUGGAGGUUUGGUAAUUGGAUGCUCAUUUGAUCACCGAGUAGCCGAUGCAUACUCGAUAAACAUAUUCUUGACUGCAUGGGCUGAAAUUGCUCAAUCCAAACCAAUAUCCAGUCUUCCAUCUUUCAGGCGUUCCAUGCUUAUCCCUAGACACCCACCCAUCAUGAACACCUUCUACGACAAGUUGUUCCUACCCUUAUCAUCUCUCCCUCCACCGCGGUCCUUUUCGCCUAUCAAUCCCCUCAUCAGCCGAAUAUACUACAUGGAAGCCAAAGAUAUCAGUCUCCUUCAAUCAAAAUCAAGCUUCAAUGGAAACCCAAAAAGAAGCAAGCUUGUAUCAUUUACUGCAUUUCUUUGGAAGAUAAUGGCAGAGUGUGAAGAUGGGCUCAACACAUGCAAAAUGGGCGUUGUGGUAAAUGGGAGAGAAAGGCUAGAUAAGGUCAACUUUGACAAACUCUCUUUGUCUAGUACCAUGCCAUGUUCAAUGCAAAACUACUUUGGAAAUGUACUUUCUAUACCUUAUGGUGAGGCAAGUUCGAGUGAGCUUAAGGAGAUGCCUCUUAGUCGAGUAGCUGAUAUGGUCCAUGAGUUUGUGUGUCCUGCAAUGACUGAGGAACAUUUUCUGGGACUUAUUGAUUGGGUUGAGUUGCACCGACCUGAGCCAGCAGUUGCAAAGAUAUAUGUCAAAAUGGACGAGAAUGAUGGUGAAGCCAUAGUGGUGUCUUCAGGGCAACGUUUUCCGGUUGAUAGUAUCGACUUUGGAUGGGGUAAGCCACAGUUUGGGUCAUAUCAUUUCCCAUGGGGUGGGCAAACAGGAUAUGUAAUGCCUAUGCCAAGUACAAGAAAGAAUGGGGAUUGGAUAGUUUAUAUGCAUCUUCUUGAAAAGCAUUUGGACUUGGUCGAGACCAAGGGAAUGAAUGUGUUUAAACCAUUAACUCCAUCAUACCUAGACCUCUAAAUUUCUAGUGGCCAUCUUCUACUAUGUUAACACAACAUUGUAAUAUAUUUAAAUUUGUGUACCACUCGAUCUAUCUUUUUAGUGAAACAAUAUACGUGUAUAAUCAGUUAUCUUUCCAUAAUGGAAUUAUCCAAGGUUUGGGAUUA